UAACGCGCAUUAACCGUUGCGUCGAUGUGCUGAUCGUGUGAGAUUGCAUGCUGUUUCUUAACCAAAAAGUCAAGCGAAACAUUCAAGAAAGUAAACGCAACGCGUCUCUGAUCGUUGAUCAGUGUACUCUACACUUGUUCGCACGAAAACACGUCGAAUCCAAAACGUACAUAACCAAGAAUAGACGAAGAACACAAACCGAGGAGAUCCGGAACGACUUGAAGUACGUUCUGUGUCGUUGUGCAAUCGUGUUUAUCAUUUGUGGCGGGUAAAAGUGACCGCAAUAUAUUCACGAAAAAAGUGUACAAAUUCGUUAACAAUCAACGAUACGAAGGAAAAAACCGGCUGAUGAUUCGAGGGACGAACGUCACUGACAAUUGUGUUCUUAUCUCGAUGGUAUGAGAUACUAUCGCGUCGAAUGACCAGCAGAAGUUUAACGGUAAAAAAUCACAACAGUAACAGUAUAAAAGACGGAAAAACGAUUGAAACACAAUUAGAUUUGAUCUCGUGCCGUUACAAUUAUUUUAGCACGUUUAUUGUCGAUGAUCUGUUCUUGGCAUUCUUGUAUCUUGCAUUGCCACGGUAUGAAAUAACAAAAGGCUUGAUUUGAUCGACGAAACCGACAACGGUAGAGGCGGCGACCGUCUGAUUUGUAGCGUCCGUACUCAAUCCUCAGUGUAGGUUAGUCGGGCGCUCGGUUUGUCGUCUCGACGAUUUCCCAAACGCUCAUUCUUAGUAUCAGUAUUUUUCUCGUGAUAAACGAGAUCUUUAUCUCUGAAAAGUUUGACCUGCGUAAGUGCCAUUUCUGUAUUACUAACCAGGAUUAAGAUACAAUUGUACCUUCGGAGUUCCGAUACCAACGAGGGGUUGUCUUAAGAUAAACAAACUGUGACUAAAUAUAAUAGGGACUAAUAGUGACUGUACGGUCAUUGCAUCCGUACCAAUCUCGUAAAGAGCACCAAUAUACUUUGAGAAGAUUAUCGGGAAAAGGACCGAAGCGCUUAAUUUUUGACAAGCGAAAGUGUUCGAUAAGCAACGCACAAACAUGGCGGCAAACAUGUGCACUCAACAGAAUUGUACCGACUCCUUCGAAUUUCUAUAUGAAAUGAUCACGGAGGACAUGUGGACACCAUGGGAAACCACGAUACAAUAUCUUGAACAAACUCCGUGGCUGUUUUCUUUGAUCGGUAGUACUAUGAUCGGAUUAACUGGCAUCUUCCCUCUGCUGGUCAUCCCCAAUAUCGAGGAAGGCGCCAAUUUAAAAACAGGAGCAAGCGCUGGCACGCUGAAAGUAUUACUGAGCUUCGCAGUCGGUGGUCUUUUGGGCGACGUUUUCCUCCACCUUCUACCGGAAGCAUGGGAGAACAGUUCAAUGAAUAAAGUAACCGAAAAUGGACAUCCGUCGAUGACUUGUGGCAUGUGGGUACUUACUGGCUUCCUAGUAUUCGUCAUAGCGGAAAAGCUGUUUGGCUUCGAGGUGGAAGAAGAGCCCGAAGAUGCGUCUGCGAAGGGGACUGAAGUACACGAAGAGACCAGCAUCGAAGACGAGAAGGAAAUGGAGAACAACAAUUGUAUCACGUUAAUAGGAGGGAAUCCGAAAAAUGGUUUCUCUAACACAAAGACUGAUUUCACAAAGGCUAUGAAUGAGUUGCAGCCGUUUUUGGAGAAGAAGAACGGCUACUCUCACCUGUCGAAUGGUUACAAAGAUACUCACAAGAACGGCUUUGUUACCAACGGUAUCAAGCCAGAACUAAUGUGCACCAAGUUCUCAAAUACUUUGGAAGGUUUGUUGUUAAGCGACGCAAAAGAUUGCUUGAAGAAAUUGGCGAAAAGCAACGGCUUUUCGAUCAAGUCGUCCAAGAGUAACGUGCCUACGGACAUAAAAACUGCGACAGACAAACCUAAACACAUAACCGGUUACCUUAAUCUAGUAGCCAAUAUCAUAGACAACUUCACUCAUGGCUUGGCCGUGGGUGGUUCUUUCCUGGUUUCCUUCCGUUUGGGAGUUCUUACUACUUUUGCUAUUCUCAUACACGAGAUACCUCAUGAAGUUGGUGACUUCGCUAUUCUGCUACGCAGUGGAUUCAACAGAUGGGAUGCUGCGCGGGCGCAGCUUCUCACUGCUACCGGUGGCAUUUUUGGCGCCAUGACUGCAGUAUGUUUUUCUGGCGGUGAAGUGGGUGCAAAAACAAGUUGGAUAUUGCCUUUCACAUCGGGUGGCUUUUUGCAUAUUGGACUGGUAACCAUCUUGCCUGAAUUGCUUAAGGAACCUUGUCCAAAGGAAUCUUUGAAGCAGUUGGCCGCGUUAUUGUCCGGUAUUCUCGUGAUGGCACUUUUGACGCUCCUUUGUGACUAGGAGUAGCUUGUUUUGGUCGAACCAAUGGUGGCACGUACCGAGCAUAGAUUUUUUUAAGGUUAGAAUGUCGGUACGUGCCAAGACACUAAUUCGAGUUUGCCAUAAAAGAAGAAGAGUUGUACCGUGUAAUACUUGUUGCUCAAUGAAGGUGAAUGUACGUCGUGAGACGGUGAGAACGAGGAACUAUGAUUUCGAACGCUGCGCGAAUAUAGUAUUUUCUUUCUUUUUCAAAUCGGCUAAAGGAAGUUUACGUUGUACGCGAGCGCAGGUACCUUUUUAAUGAUCGACCUCUUUUUAUAAUACGUUGCUUUUGUUUUUUUGAGAGCAGAAGUGAAAGAAUAAAAAGAAGUAUGUAUACAAAUUAUUUUUAUAUUUUCCGAUUGUUUACUAAGAAUCAUGUUAUUGGCACUUUGGUAUUACGAAUUUAUACUUGAGAUAUUGAUAUUGUUAUAAACAAUUGCAUAGUUUAUACAUGAUAAACUAUCGAAAAUAUGUAAAGAAACGAUUCCGUUUCUGAGAUAUCAACACUCUUUAACUUUGUUAUGCAGAAGUUCCAUGUGUGAAUCUAGUAUUAACAUAUGACUCUCGCGUUAUGAAUCGAAUCAUGUUGUAUAUAAUGUUUAUGCUUCCUUACUCAGUGUCUGAAAAAGAAGAAAGAUUUUGUAAAUUACACACAGGAUGUCAGUUUAGCCGACACGCGUACUCCGAAACGACAGAUGUAUAUUUUAAGUUCCUACACAGUCUUGUAAAUAAUGAAUCGAAUUUACUAUUUUAUCGUGGAAGUAAAAGAAAAAAAUGAUUACAGGUAAACAUACAAAAUUUAUAUGUCAGAUCGCGAAAAAAAUAAUCCAGUAAAAUGUCAUGUAAAGUCUGUAAAAUUGGUAUGUAGAUAUAGAUAUUAUAUUUAAUAAAAUCUGAAAAGUCGUGUAAAAUUAAGUAUUUUAGAAAAGUUGCAAGAUUACGGAUUAAGCGAGUCAUUGACCUAAAGGAGAUCCAUUUGUUCUCCAUAGUCUCAUGUAUUAUUCAAAGGUGCGUAUUUAAUGAAUCGCACAAAAACCAAUGUAAUCCUUGUACUUAAAGAAAACAAGGUAUUCUUUCACCAACAAAACACUUGACGCAUGAGGUAUUCUCUUCGAGCAUGUGUAAAUAAAGGUUCUAUACUUAUGAAGCUGGUUAAAUCAGCAAUUUGGCAAGUAUAUUUUCUAUAAACUAUGACUAAACAGAUUGUUCAUAUAUAAUCAUUAUAAUUUGUAAAUAAAGUAUGUUAUUCUAUAAAACA